AGUUCGAAUCGCAACAGCCUCAGUCGAGUCUGCAACGGCCGUAGAGGCGGGUCUGGGCGCUCGGACUGAUCUGUACCGGCUCAGAACCUAAGGUUUGCUGCUAUUGGUUUUUUUUUUUUUUAUAAUGGAAGGACCAGAUGCAUUCAAGACACCUAGCAAAUUAUCUGACAAGAAGAAAUCUUCAUCAUGCUUAACUCCAUCAUCUGUAGCUAUUCCAGCCUCUCCAUUUAUGCAAAAGCUUGGCUAUGGCACUGGGGUAAAUGUUUAUCUUAUGAAAAGGUCUCCCAGAGGUUUAUCGCAUUCUCCUUGGGCAGUGAAAAAGAUUAAUUCUAAAUGUAAUGAUCAUUUUCAAAGUAUAUAUCAAAAGAGACUAACUGAUGAAGCUAAGAUUUUGAAAAACCUUCAGCAUCCAAACAUUGUAGGUUAUCGUGCAUAUGCUGAAGCCCAAGAUGGCAGUAUGUGUCUUGCUAUGGAGUAUGGAGGAGAAAAGUCUCUCAACGAUUUAAUAGAAGAAAGAAAUACCAACUGCCAUUCUCCUUUCCCAGCUGCUACAAUUUUGAAAGUUGCUUUGCACAUGGCAAGGGGGUUAAAGUAUCUGCACCAGGAAAACAAGCUGCUCCAUGGAGAUAUAAAGUCUUCAAAUGUUGUAAUUAAAGGUGACUUUGAGGCAAUUAAAAUCUGUGAUGUAGGAGUUUCACUGCCACUGGACGAAAAUAUGACUGUGAGCGAUCCUGAGUCACAUUACAUUGGCACAGAACCCUGGAAACCAAAGGAAGCUCUGGAAGAAGGUGGUGUUAUUACUGAUAAAGCUGAUAUAUUUGCCUUUGGGCUAACUAUUUGGGAGAUGUUGACCCUAACCAUUCCACACAUUAAUCUUCCAGAGGAUGGUGAUGAAGACCAAACUUUUGAUGAGAGCUUAUUUGAUGAUGAAGCAUACUAUGAAGCACUGGGAACAAGGCCAGCCCUUAACAUGGAAGAAUUGGAUGAAUCAUAUCAAAAAGUGAUUGAACUGUUUUCUGUUUGCACUAACGAGAAUCCUAAAGAUCGUCCCUCGGCUGCACACAUUGUUGAAGCUUUGGAAAUGAAUGUGCUGUGAUUAUGUAGGACUCACUUUUUCAUUUUUGAAACAUCGUGACUGACUGAUGCAUCAUUAUGUUAUUAACAAUCAUACAUUUGUAUAACAGCUGAAGGCUAUUAUUAU